AUUUUAUACAGAUUUAAGAUACUACAAAACUCAUUUUAAAUUCGUCUAUUUUCUCCAAACAGAAAAUUUAUUCGGAUUUUGAACUGCAAGGGAUCAUGGAGGAGAAACUGAAUACCAAAACAUACCAAACCAUCAGCCAGCGCAUGGCCACGGAGGAAGCUGCCUGUGCCCUUCUUGAGGGAAGCAGGAGAGAUGAUGAGAAUGGGUGUGCAACCUCCGAGGAUCUAUUCUGGAAGUUAGAUGCCUUACAGUCUUUCAUUCGAGACCUUCAUUGGCCAGAUCAUGAUUUUGCCAAACACCUUGAACAAAGGUUAAAGUUGAUGGCAUGUGAUAUGAUUGAGUCCUGUAUCACAAGGACAGAUCAAGCCUUCCAACAGUGGUUGAAAAAGGGUACCGGCUUUGUCUCCACAGACUAUGUGCUCCCAUCUGAAAUGUGUGCCAUGGUCAAUGUUAUUCUUGAUGCCAAAAAUCAGUCUUUCAAACUGUGUGCAGUGGAUGGGGUAGAUGUGGGAUAUGGGUGUGGACGGCAGCACUGUUGGAGGUGGCAGCACUGGGAGAGGCGGGAAGGCAGAGAGAGCAGAGACGCGUUGCCUGAGAGGAAGCCAGUGUGUGCCUGCCUGCUUUGGAAGUGUUUCCUUGCCUGUUGAGUGGCUGUUGUGCCCUGGGAGA